CAUAUAUGGUUAAUUGAACUAUCAGCAGGUGAAUCAUAAACAGAAAUCACGACAGCGGAGGAAUAUUGAGCCAGACAAAGCAGAGCUAAGAAAAUGCUGCGUUCAACCUGUUUGCUGCUGGCGGCAACAUGUGUCAUGGCCGAUGUUUACUUACACGUUCCAAGAGGCUCAAAUAACAGACUCAAUGAAAAUUCAGCAAAUCGACAAAAUGCUAACAGACUAUUUGACUCACAGAACAACAACAGAGGUGGUUACAAUGUUGGGGAUCAAGGGCAGAAUGCCCAGGCUGGGAAUGGUGAAGAGAAUCAAUAUAGAAUGACAUACUUCCAAAGCGCCAAAGCUUACAAGACUUUAACAGAUGAUGCUGGUAAGAGUUUCUUGACAUUUGAAUGGACCAAUCAGCAUGGAUGUGGAGGUAACGAGGAUACAGACCCGCAUAAACAGAAUUGCAAUAUCGUGUUUCAGUAUAUGUGCAUGCCUGAAAUCAAUUCUGCUACAGGUGCUCAAGGUGCAGGUCAAAUAAGAAAUGGAGAAACCACUGCAACUCAAAACUAUCAACAAACCAAUAAUCAGAAUGAAAAUCAAAAUGCUGCUACAAAUCGCCGCAACAACAAUGUUAAUGUGAAUAGAGGCCUACAGGAACCAUGGGAAUGGUACGAUAAAUGCAACAGCCGUGAGAGGAAUGCAGGUUUGUUUACUGCUGACCAAAAACUAAAAGCCAACAAUGGUCGUGGAAUUAGUGCUGCCAUCUAUACAAGACAAAACCCUAACGGUAAUCGUCGUGGUUAUGAGUGUCCGGAAGAGAGAGAUUAUUAUCCAUACUGGCAUCCAACUGUGUGGAGGGACAUUGCAGUGCUCUCGGAGAAUGCUAGUCAAUGCGCAUACUAUACCAACAACAGCUUCAAUACACGACCAUAUGGAGAAUGCAUUGAGACAUAUGGGAAUGGACAGGCCAAACACUGGUCACAGUAUAACAAUCCUGCAGAUUGUGCUGAUAAUGGAGGUGAAUGGACAGAAUUCUCCAGCUACUUGGACAAAGCACCAGAGUUCACAACACAAGCUGCAUGCGAAGCUGCAGGGACCAAAGAUGGACAUCAACUUAUCUGGGCCAUACCAUAUGACAGACCCCUCAUUGGUUCCAUAUCUACAGAUGAGGCUUGCCUUGUUGCUAUGGAUCCCCCAGAGUGCAAGGAAGCACCCUGGUCUAGGUCCAAUCACCUUGGGAAUGGGCGAGAUGGAGUAGCUAACAACUAUACAUGGACCAUUCCUCAGUUCACAUCGACAGACACUCAGAGAUGUGCAAUGCGAAUAAGAUAUAACAUCUCAACCGAUGAUUAUGAUCCUUUCAACACUGACAGCACUCAGAAUAAGAAUAUUGCUCAAGGGAUUGUGUCGCCAGUACAACAAAACCCAAUUGUUGAAGUAGGAGCAAGCUCACCUCUCCGUCUUGCAAUAAAUACAGCACAAUUUGGACGUGUUUUUCAAGAUCGCAGCCACGCCUUUUUACUUGCUCCAAGGCCAGCUGGUGUUGGCGAUGAGAAACUGUAUAAUUUGAAUGUUCGGGGAAAGCGGGGAAAUAUUGUUCAAACAUUUCCUGCUGUGGAGUAUGAUUUUGCCCCAAAUGAUCUGAACAUUACGGAUGCUGACUUGGUGCAUAUACAGUGGACAGGGUCAAACAGUCACAACAAUGGCAACCCAGGAGGUGAUGGUCAAACAGGAGAUGCAGGGGAAGGAACCGGAGGAACUGAUCGUAGCAAUAUCGUAGAGAUUCUUGAUAGGAAUGACAACUUCCCAAUACCAUUUGAGAAUACAAACAUGUGGACUGGGGCAGAGAUAAAGUGGGUCCCCAAUGCUGGAAAAACAGUAACUGCAGAGGACCUUGCAGUUAACAUGGCCUCUUCUGGAUAUUACCAGUGUAUGAAUGCUGCAACUUGCCAGGGUGAGAGUGUCCAAAACAAGGCCCAAUUAAACAACCUCCUGAACAAUGCCCCUGCAUCAUAUGAGGGGGCUGUGGUGAAGUUCAAAGAAGGACUUCAUCAAUACAUGAGUACACGCAAUAAUAACUUUUCAAACCGCAGCCAGAAAGGUGGUAUUAAUGUAAAUAAGAAAUAGUGCCUGUACUUACUUCUUCAAUUCAAAGCUGAGCCACUUGGUCUGUCUGUCCGUCUGUCUGUCUGACUGUCCGUCUUGAUACGCAAACAUCCUGAAAUACUUGGGUUUUUGAAAUUAUAUUUUAUUUUGAUA